GGUUGGAAUUCUAGUAUACUUUUUGGUUCAUCUUCUAUGGAGUAUAAGGUUGAAGGUUCAGAUACGCUUGAGCGAAUAGCAGCACGUUUCGAGUGUACUGUUGGCCAUCUGAUGAAGCUGAAUAAAAUGAACUCGAGAAUGGUUUUUGCUGGGCAGACAUUAAUUGUUCCGUCUCCAAUGUCAGACGAAGUUUUUGAAGAAUCAAAAGUGCAAAAUGGUUUAUAUCCUGCACCGGGAACGGCCGUUCAGCAGCACGCUCGAACUGUAACCAAAACACAAAGUGUUCCGGUUCCGUCAAGGCAGUCUACAACAGAAGUUGACGUUGAUUGUUUACAACGGUUCUUGAAAGUCAAGGUGAAAAAUGUGACUGAAAAAGACGGAACCGUCACUGGAACUCUGUUAGUAACACCAAAUGCGUUAAUGUUUGAUCCUGAUGUCACUCACCCGCUUGUGAAAGAAAAUGGUCAAGACCUGUAUAUGAUGAUGGCUCCUAUGGAAGAUAUAACGUCAGUUGCCGUAUUUAAAGAUAUUGGAGCUUUAACGGGUGAAAAGGAUAAGGAUGAUAUUUACGACCCUGAUCAUAUCAGAAAGCCUCAAGAUGCUGUAAAAAAACAUAAAGCUUCCAAACAUCACGAAACAUCGCCAUCAACGAGUAGACAUGCGACAAAAUCACCUACUGGGACUCGUAAUUCGUUGGCUAUGUUGAGUAGGACUCUCAGUGCUCAUGCAACUAGUAUUAGGGAUUCGGCGGAGAAAGUCACUCAGUCUGCAGUAACGGGAACAAAGUCAGUGGCUCAUGGCGUCGUGACCCAUACUAAAUCCGCAGAUACGCGCGCUGUAGCUACUGUUCGUAGACAACAAAGUUUGGCUACUCUGGAAAACCUGAAACAGCGUACUUUACAAGCUCGUGAACAAGCAAGCAAAGAACGAGAAGCUGCUCUCUUUACUUGCGCCAUAUCUCCAGAAGAAAAACCAGAUUUAUUUCGACCUGUUCAAGAGCUAGUCGACGAAGCGAGAAAAUUAAGUGAAGUGACGGUGCCUCUGGUCACAACUGAACUUCCAUAUUAUAUGGCUGUGCGUCUUCAUCGUAAGAAAUUAAAAGCAAAAAAUUUACGAUCAACAUCAACCACAAACAGUGCAUCAACUGCUGCCGAUUUUGAUGGCGAGUUAGUCGGUAAUCGAAAACGUCGUGAAUUCUGGUUUGCUAUUCCACGAGAGCGGGUAGAUGGUAUUUAUCACUUUCUUUUGCAGUGGAACCCGGACAAAUACGGCGAUGAAACGCAUCCAUCAUCCGUAUCAGGCUAUCGUUUCAACGACAACAGUUUUAUUGUGCUUGACUCAGAUGUGGAUGAUAAACUUGCUGGUUUGUUAAAUUUUUUACAGUUUUACACCAAAUGCUUGCUAGUUUUCACUGCUUUUUCUUGA